AUGCAUAAGAUCUGGGGACUUGUACUCUUCUGUGGACUGCUCACACAGAGCUCAGCCCACAUAAGAAGACAUAAACUGAUCUCGACUCAACCACUGGCAAAAGCAUCUGUUCAGGCAGAAGUAUCAGCACGGGCAGAAGUCUCCCCAAGCUUACUCUUAGAGGUGGCUACUAGUUUACACAGCAAACUGCUGAAUACAAAUACUCUCAACAAUCUUAAGAAACUUCCCUUCAUGGAGGCCUUUCACCUUAUUCAAGGUGGAUUGCUUGGAAGUUUGCAUGCAGGAGUGGAUGCCAAGUUUCUUGGCCUGGAGAUUUCUUCGAUUGAAAUUAUAGAGGCCCAAAUCUUCAAUAUUAAUAUUACACAAAAUGAAGAAAAACAUCAACAACUAUUAGCAACAUUCCCUGCAACCUUGGAUAUUGAAGCAAACAUAUUCUCUCUUGGAAAUAUUGGUUUCAAAAUAGAAAUGAACAACAGAUUUCAAAUUGGAACAGAGAUGGAUGAAAAUGAAGAUGGUUACUUGGUCAUUCAGGGUUGUAACAGUAACCUUGUCAGUUUAAAAGUCAAAACCCACAUUAGCCUACUCGAUGCUAUGCUGAAUGCAUUUUCAAAAGUUCUGAAUGCUGUGGUUCCCCAACUGGUACAGGAAGCACUCUGUUCAGCAGUCAGCAUGUGCAUAUUAAAGUUAGAUGUUAAGCUGAAAACGGCUCUUGUUGAUGCACUAAUAUGUGGAAAUAAUCUCAAUGUUAAUUAAUGAAACUUCCAGAAGGCAGAUCAACUUUUUUCU